UUUUUUUUUGACCAACCACACGAAAGUGGCUUUUUUCGGUAUCGAAAAAAAAAACCCCAGUGAAGUGACACCCUGAUCUCUUUCUCACUUUAACACGGAAGACAGGCUCGGCUCGAAUAUGGCCAAGGCUGAUAUUGAGAUGGACAUUCAGAGACACGAAGACUCUGCUGGAGGAAGACUUGACGAUGAAGGGCCCCUGAUCAAGUAUUACAGGGCCAGUGAGGUUCUGCCGGGCCCCGUGCCGGCUCUGCAGAAGCUCCUCAGGAAGGGCCCGGCCACCUGCGCUGCCGUGCAGUCGUCCAGCGGGAUCCUGAGCUUCGGCAUCGGGGUCGUGUUCGCCGCGUCGUUCGGGAUCAAUCUUAACCUGCUGACUGUAUUCCGGGUUCCCAUCCUCACUGGGAUCACGUUCGUCUUCGCUGGAGUCUUGUCUAAUCUUCUCUACAAACACCCCGAGCUUCUGCAGACUUGUUUGGUGGCUAACAUCGUCUGUCUGCUGGUGUCUGGUGUGGGAUCCAUCCUUCUGAUCGUUGAUCUUCAGCCCGGAGGAAAUAACAUCCAGUACAAGGCAGAUGGAGGUUCUGGUGCUGUGUGUGACUCUGAUGGACAUGAUCAUCGCGGCGGUGCUCAUCUUCUGGUUUCACAGAGAGAAGCGUGACCACAAGCAGUGAUCUUCAUCUCAGCAGAAGAGUCACUCGAGACACUGAGAACAGCUACGUCACCGUCUUUUAGCAUGAAUGAAGAACUACAGCUUUAUUUCUUUGUGUCUUUUUACUCACCAAGCUGGAUAUUUUCUCUGGACAUAUUUUCACACUGAAUGAAUGUAUUUCUGUAUGUUACUUUUGCGAUGUGUUAGCAAAUAUUAUCGCAUAAAAAGCUGGAUAUUAUUUUUGUGUACAUAUGUUUUUUUUACUUUCAGAGCAAAAAGAUGGACUUGUAUCUGGACACUUGUUUCAAAAAAAAAAAUGCAUACAAUAAAUAAUGUUUUUUUUUUACUAAUAAAUACAAAACAUAAUUAUUUUCCUUUGUAUUUUAAUAUAAUUAUUGAAGAAAUAAAGAAAAAUAAUUAUAACACACACACACACACUUUAUUUUUAUUGUUUAAUAUGAAAUGAUUGAAGCCAAUGGUGACAUCUUUUUUUCUUUAUUAUGAUUUAUUAGCAGUAAAGCUGGAUAUUAUUUCUUUGUACAUAUUUUCACAUUCAUAUACUGAAUUAAUGUAAUUCAAAAUGAAUUAAUGUUAUUUCGUUUUUUCUUUAUUAUUAUUUCUGUGAGCAGGGAAGCAUUUUAAUAAAUUACAAAAUUCAA